AUGGCGCCACCGCCCGAGAUUGCGAUACCCUCAACGAGCGUCUCCGACGAAGGCUCAUCCAAGCCAUACACGCUCUACAACAUCAGCCUGCGCCUGCCGCUGCGCUCCUUCAUCGUCCAGAAGCGAUACUCCGAGUUCGACGCCCUUCACAAUGCCCUGGUCGCCCAGGUCGGCGCUCCGCCGCCGCUGCCCCUGCCGGGCAAGCACUGGCUCCGGUCGACCAUCAACUCGCCAGAGCUCACGCGCGAGCGGCAGCUGGGCCUCGAGAAGUACCUCCGCGCGAUCGCGGAGUCGCCGGACCGCCGGUGGCGCGAUACGUCGGCGUGGAGGACGUUCCUGAACCUCCCGAGCUCGAGCACGAGCAACUCUACCGUGUCGGCGGCAGGUAUGGUUGGCACAGCGUCAUCCUCCGGCGUGACGGACCCGGGAGCGUGGCUGGAUGUUCACAGGGAAGUCAAGCAGUGUUUGCAUGAAGCGCGACAAGCCCUUUCGAGACGAGACGGCGCCGCCGACAGCGGCAACUUCACGGCGGCGGCCGAGGCCGCGGCCGCGGCAAAGAGGGUGCUCGUCAAGGCCUCCGGGCUGGUCAACAACCUCUCCGACGGCCUGCGCAAGAUGCAGGAGGCGGGCAGGCUGGGCGAGGGCGAGAUACGGCGGAGGCGAGACCUCAUUUCGGCGGCCAGGAUGGAGCGGGACGGCCUCGACAAGCUCGCCAGCAGCAUGCCCGGAUCGGCGGCGGCCACCAGCCGAGGGGGCCUGGGACAAGUACAGGCUUCUUCGUCCAACAGAUCGAAUCUCCUGGGCUCACACAAGCCUGCGCCGUCGGGACGAGUACUGGGCGCCCCGUUGCCCGAGACAGAUAGAACAAGGGAACUCGACAAUCAGGGCGUGCUGCUAUUACAGAAACAGGAGAUGCAGUCCCAAGACCAGGCCAUCGACCAGCUCGCCGCCAUCAUACGGCGCCAGAAGGAGAUGGGCAUCCAGAUCAGCGAAGAGGUGGAGCGGCAGACGGAGCUUCUCGACGCCCUCGACGAGGACGUCGACCGGGUCGAGGGCAAAGUCCGGGUCGCCAACAGGCGUAUUAAGAAGAUGUGA